UUACAAUACGCCUUACUGCCAAAAAUAUAUGUCUCUCAGAAGCUAUUACUGUUAGGCAUAAACUGGUACAUAAAGCUGUCCUCUCUGCGUUGCCUCAUCGCUGCGAAUAGUGUGGUGUAAGUUCGGUCAGUAUCAUUCCGCGAUGGGUGCCGACAAGCCGAACGGAGUAGUGAACUACUGCCGGAGACCACCUCAGCGGCCUCUCCUCCAGAAGAUUCAGUAUGGCAUCUGGAACCCUGAGGAAAGGACCUUCCUUGGACGCACCGGAAAAAGAUGGGGUGUGAUCGGCUUAAUAUAUCUGGUGAUGUACAUCUGUAUCAUCAUCUUCUUCUCGAUCUGCAUGUGCGGUCUACUGGCCACUGUCGACGACAGAAUACCAUACUUCACCCUUGCAGAUUCUAUUAUUGGUGAUAAUCCAGGAAUGGGCCACCGUCCUCUGCUGUACGAAGAAGGGGCGCUGAUCUGGUACGACGGAAACAACUCCACUCACAUCCAGAAGUAUACACAGAAUAUCGAUGAAUUUCUUGAACCAUACCGCAACAAGAGUCUUCUGCCCAACGGUGGACGUAACCAAAUAGAGUGUGGCGAUGUGAAACCUCCCAGACUGAUGGUCUGCGCAUUUAAUACCAGUCAGUUCGGGCCCUGCUCUCAGGAGGAAGGGUAUGGGUACGCCAAUAGGACGCCGUGCUUAAUCGUGAAAUUGAACAGGUUGUACGAUUGGAAUCCUGAGUUCUACGACGAUCCUGCUCACUUACCCCACGACAUGCCGCCUGACAUUAAAGAAUACAUCGCAAAUGCCACCCCACAAGAACGCCGCAAAGUUUGGGUCUCAUGUAUGGGGGAGAGACCGGCCGACGUUGAAGCUCUCGGUCCGUUAAAGUAUUGGCCUUACCCAGGUCUUUCGGAAGUAUUCUUCCCCUAUGACAACACCCCAGGCUACCUGAGCCCACUGGUGGCUGUACAGCUGACGGCACCAAAACUACAACAGAUAAUAAACAUUCGUUGCCGCGCCUGGGCCAAGAAUAUCCAAUACACGGCCAGUCUGAAGGAACGCCUCGGUUCCACUCACCUGGAGAUCAUGAUCGACUGAACCCACAGACCAGAACCGCACCCGUGCCUUACCCGUUGUUAAAUGUUGUAAUACUAUAUGUGCGUUUUUAGUUUAUUGUAGACAGUGUAGACAGUUUUAGUGUUGUUGUAUGCAAUGUAGACAGUUUCAUUGUGAAUGUGCUUUCGUUGGUAGACAGCAGUCAGGUCGAACCUCAGCCAUGGCAUUAACAUGUCACUAGCCUACUAAUUCGUUAAUAGUUGCAAGUACAUUUGGAAUGACGCGAUUAUCAGAAAUAUCCCGAUCUAAAAAGACCCGGGUCCUUGUUUAUAUCUUCAAAAACUUUCGAGUUAUUCAUGAAAUUUGCCAAUCUGCUUAGUUUAGCACGUCAAACAGAAUAUGAAGGCACCAAAGAAUAGAGUGCAAUGAAGAAAAUAAUUCUGCUUGUGAUGCACAAUGUGCGACUUUGUAUGUGUUAGAGCCAAAAGUUGUGCGGAUGAAUUGGGAUGGAAUACCAUGAUAGGAAUUGAGUUACGGAAAUAUCAGAUACAAUCUAUAGACAACGCUGCUUAAAACACGAUAACAUUAAAAACGGCAGUCAAAGUUAUAGUUAAGAAUCUGAUUUUUUUACUGCAAGCAGUUAAAUGUCAAUCGAAGUGUGUACGGAGCCUACAGA